AUGGCGAGCACUGGCAAGCUGAAGGUGCCGGAGACGGCGGAAGAGGCGAAGGAGCUUGUCGCGGUAAUGCGGCAGCUGCCGGACAACCGCGUCUGCUUCGACUGCCCGCAGAAGAACCCGAGCUGGUGCAGCGUGACGUACGGCCUCUUCCUAUGCAUGGACUGCUGCGGCCGCCACCGUGGCAUGGGUGUACACAUCACCUUCAUGAAGUCCGCGGAGCUUGAUAGCUGGCGCCCGCAAGAGGCACUGCGUGUGGCGCUUGGCGGCAACAGCAGGGCGAAGCAGUUCCUGAAGCAGCAUGGCAAUAUGGACCCCAAGUCCUUCUACACCUCCCCCGCCGCCGCGCUGUACAAGCGCAUGGUUGACAAGGCCGUGAACGGCUUUAUGGACAACGGGCAGCUACCGUCGGCGUCGCCCGUGCCGCAGCUGGCGUCCGAGGCGUCGCCGCAGCCGGGCAACUGUGCUUCUCCGACGUUCUUCGGCACCGCCGCCCCCGCUGGGUCAUCCCUGUCGCCUACCCCCAGCGCCAGCCCCGACGUGACGGCACAGGGCAGCCCCGUGACCGUGGCGUCGGUCGUGGCGAUCUCCUCCAAGCCCACCGGCCUCGGGACGAAGAAGCUCGGUGGCAGCGGCGCGGCGCUUGGCGCGAAGGGGAGGAAGAAGGGCUUCGGCGGUAUCGCCCGCGUCGAGGGCACCAUCGAGGAGUCCACGCGGCCGGUGCCUGAAGAGCUGCUGUAUGACCGCGAGGCAGAGCAACGCAAAGCCGCCGAGGCAGAGAUGGAGCGCCAGCGCCAGGCAGACCUGGCUGCCGCCGCCGCCCGCGCGGUGGACCCAAGCAUGCUUGGUCGCGGCGAACCGCAUGCACCGAAGGUGCCACAGGCGCCGCGCCAGACCGGCUUCAUCGGUAAGAGCGCAGAGAACGUCAACGGCGAUCUCUUCGACGACACGAACGUGCCGACGACGACACCGGCGCCGCCAACGCGCCAGCCGUACGGCGUGGGCGGCAACAAGGCCACGAACGUCUCGGCCUUUGCGGCCACGGCGAGGUCGACGACGCCGACGCCACCGCCAAUGUCCGCCUCGGCGGCGCCGCGUGCCGGGCCUGACUUUCGUGGUCUCGGCAACCAGGCGUACGUGCCUGAGGACACCUACUCCUCCAGCAGCGGCAUGGGCGCGCCCCGUACCGCAAGCGACGCUCUCUGGCAUGUCACGGAAGCCGCGCGCAGCCUGCAGCAGAGCGCUGCACAGGCGACCGGGGCAUUGGGAGAGGCGGUGAAGAACUUCCUGGAUGAUCUGUAG